AUGUCCGACCGUGAGCUGCAUGAACGGCUCCAGUCUGCAAUCGGCAGCAUGGACACGCAGCAGGUCUCCGUGUCUCGGUUCUUCAGUUUGCCGGCAAGAUUGUACAACGCCCUGCCCUUCUGGGCUUUCCUCAGGGUGUUGUACAAGACGUGGGUGGCUCUCAAGAGUAAGGAGGACCAGGCCCAGCAAGAGACUGAAGCGGAGGCGGCAGCGCCAGGACCGGACGCUGUCCAGGGACCUGGGCAACGAGGACGCAAGCCUGACGUUGACCUGCUGAAAGACCUGAGAAAGAUGCAAGAGAAGCGUCGCACUCUUGACAUUGUGUGUGACAUCCUCCGCGACCCUCGUGUGAAGUUCUGUGGGUGGAUGCAUCUUGGCACGGUCGGCUAG